CCAAUUUCUAGUGCUUAUAAACCAAUUUAAAUUGUACCAAUAAAACAAAAUGCAUUUUUUAUCGCACUUGCUUCAUGUGUGCUACUUUUCCAUCUUAGUAAGACUAAUGAACGGUUAUCUACUGUUUGCCGCGAAUUUUGACGAUUUUCGAGCAAUUGCCAAAAAGUUACAACCAGAAAUCUUAGGUGAGAGCCUAGCCCGAAUAGCUAAGCCGUAUUUGAGAGAAAAUCUACGCUCCGAUUCCGAAAAUUCUGAAGAAGUAUCAUCAUCCGAGAUCGUUAAUGAUAGUCUCCCCCCUAUAAAAGGUAAAGAAAAACAUCCCCCAAUAAAAGGUAAAGAAAAACCAAAAGAAGAUAAAGAAACAUUCGAUAUUAGUCAAAACACUUUCGAUGAGUUAGUCGAAAGAGUUAAGGAAAGACUAGCAAUGGAACUCAAACCGACUUAUCUGAAUAACAUUAGAAAAGAUGAGAAAGACGAUAAAAUGAUAAAACUUAAUAAUCUUAAGACGUAUAAUAAUAAAAAUGUCGCUCCGUAUAACAUGAAAAAGAAGGUUAAAAAUGGAAAUAAGCAAGUUAAUUUGGAAGAAAAGUCAAAAAAUUUAAAGGAUCAGCUAAAUACUGAAGAAAUGUCACCUUUCGUGGACGCGCCGGAUUAUAAAGAAGAGAUAUUUAACAAACCCAAAGUCAAACAAGAAAUCAAAGCUACAAAAACAGUAGAACAAGAUGAUUAUGAAGAAGCUAUGCCUUUAAAAAACUCAAAAAAAUUAUAUCCAGCUGUAAAAUAUCCAAGACCAAAUGAAAAGGAAGGAAAAGAAAUGGAAUCAACAACAGAUCCAAGUGGUUUUUUUGAAAAAAUUGAUUUCACACAAAAUGAUAGCUAUGAAGAUUACGUUAAGCCAGCAAAAGAACAUAUUUACGCAAGUUCUGAAAAUAUAUCUUAUAAGAGAGACGAAAACCAACAUAAUAAAAACAUUCUAAGUAAUAAAAGAUACAAAAUCAAUACAAAUCAUUAUCUCCAAAAGAACUUUGAUAACAAUCACGCUACAGUAAAAACUAAAAUCAAUAAAAACGCGAGGGAUACCGAAAAAUCAAUAAAACCACCAAAUAAUUACGAUUAUAAAGAAAAAAAUAUCGAUUCUGAGGAAAUAAAAGCUAAAACCGAGAAUUUGUGGUAUGAUAACAAUGAAAGAGUUACUAUUGAUACUGUAACAGCAUCCCAAAAGUCGAAAAAAUCGAAAUUCGGAACCAAACUACCUACUCGAGAUACUUUCAGAAUGGUAACACCGAAUUUCAUGGCAAAUUUUCCCUUAGUAGUGGAAAAGUAUAAUUUUGAUGAACCCAUUCCAGAGAAGGACCGAGAAAGAGAAUCUUUGAAAUAUAUAGGAAACCCUCCGGCAAGUAUAAAUAAAAAAGUUCAAUUAUUAUAAAUUA